AAAUAUCAAAAAUGGUUUAUAUUGGAUUGCAUCCUUUAUUCUCCUACAAUAUUGAUUUAACAGAUUUAAAAUGGUCAAAUAGAAGAAAUGUUGGUGAAUAUGUUAAUCUUGCCAAAGAAGAAUCAUACUAUAAAUGA